AUGAGAUUAGCAAGCAAAUACAAGAAGAUGCUCAAAAGCAACUCAAGACUACAACUCUACUUAUGCUUGUUCUUCAAGGAAUUAAGGAAACAACUUUGUUCACCAUUUCAAGAGAAGAUCAAGCCAUCUAAAAUCAGUCCAGAAACUCUCAAGAAAUAA